AUGAAUGAGGAAAAGAAGAACGAAUUAAUUGGGAUGGAAGCGAGGAUGUAUGCGCCUUUGGAGUGGGACUCACCGGCGAUAUGCAAAAUACAGGAUCUCAAGGAAGCGCAGUACGAGGAAGCUCUACGUCUGAUAAAACAUCAUUUUUUCCGGGAGGAGCCGAUGUGCAGAGCAGUCGCCUUGCUGGAAGAUCAGACAUCCGUCGGCGCGUACCUAAAUCUUAUUAGAAUGUGGAUGAAAGACACCAUCAGUUUGGUCGCGCACAGUCUGGCAUCGGGACGAGUCGUUGGAGUUGCCGUUACGCGAAUCAACAGCAAUUCGGACAAAAGCGACACGUAUAAUCGAGUACAAAAUUUCGAGGGAGACGCCUUGGAGAAGAUCAUGGGCCUGAUAAACGCUCUGAUAAAACGGGCGAACGUGCACGGGACGCUCGGCUGCGACGCGUAUCUCAGAGUUCACGUUCUCUGCGUCCAUCCGUCCCAUCAGCAGAGAGGCGUCGGCGCGGCCUUGCUGAGGGCCUGCGUCCAAGUCGCGUCCACGCUGGGCAUGCCGGCCAUCGGCGGCGUCUUCACGUCGGGCCCGAGCCAGUCGCUGGCCCUGAAACUGGGCCUCCGUCUCGUCGCGGAGAUCCGCUACAGCCGCUGGAUCGUCGACGACAGAGUCGUGUUCGACGAUUCCGGCAAGGGGAAUUACUCGGCCGCUUUAAUGGGAACGCAAAUACCUCGCGAGGAGUCGCGCGACGUGCUCGGAGACGGGAAGUAAUGCUCGCGGCCGCCUACCGUGCGUUGAUAUGUUAAUACCGCGUACUGGUAUUGGAGCCAGCGGAUCACGAUAGUUGCGUUUCCAGCCAUAAGUAAUUCAUUGCACGAGUUUCCUUGCGAAGAUAAAAUAGAACAUUCAAUCGUUCGCGCUUUGAAAGAUACACUAAUUUAAAAAUGCAUUGUUGUACCAAUAAAACUGAUACACAUUUCCAAGGCCUCACUAUAUAAUAGCACUAUAUGUUAAUUUCAGGGUCGAUCUACGAUUUUCUGGCUUAUGCUAUGAUUUUUCAAGUGCCCUUCUUAUAUUUCCCCAACCAGU